ACAGAGAGACGACAGACGAAGAGGAGCAGUGAGGCUCUCGUAAAAAAUGGUCGACAGCUUACAAUGCCAGUUAUGAGUCAAAGCAAUCCCUGCUUAUGGACUCAGCUCCCCCAGAGCAAACCGAGUCCAUGUGACCGCUACAAACACGCCUGCUGCAGCUAUGAUGGACAUGUCUACAUCCUUGGAGGAAGGGAGAACAGCUGUCUAAGGGAUUUCUGGAGGUACAAUGUUGUGUGUAACGAGUGGACAGAGUUGAACUGCACUGGUGAAGCAGCUCCAGAGGAACUGGAGGAACACUCUAUGGUGGCUCAUGAGGGCUUCCUGUAUGUGUUUGGAGGCAUGCUGGAUUCUGCAUACACCAAGUGGAGAUGUUCUCUCUGGGUGUUCGACAUUGCAAAGCAGAAAUGGGUUCACUUCCAGGGAAAGACAAGCUCUCCUCAGACCCAAAUGCCAUCUAACAGAAAAGCUCACAGUGCUGUGGUGCUCGGCUCAGACAUGCUGCUCUAUGGAGGUUUAGUAGACAUGAAAGGAUCCUUACAGGACUUUUGGAAACUAAAAUUUGACACCAUGGCAUGGUCCCUUCUUAGUGGAUCCAAACAGGGCUCAAUAGGACCGGGCCCCAGACACAGUCACUCUGCCAUGGCCCACCAGAGCUGCAUGUACUUGUUUGGAGGCUUGAAGGGUUUACGGGAGCAGAGAGACUUCUGGAGGUGGAACUCUGACAACAAUACAUGGAGUUCCCUCAAAAACAAGUCCGGCCCCUCCAGACUGAUGGGACACUCAGCUGUGGCCUACAAGGACAGCAUGCUGCUUUUCGGAGGAGGAAGGUGCCAGAACUCCCCUAACAACUACCUGUGGAGGUACAACUUCACUUCUCAGACCUGGACACAGGUUCCAGUACUCCUUGGCUCCAUGCCCCCAGACAAGAUCCACCACUGCUGUAUCGGGCUUGGCGCCAGCUACACAUCCAACACCAGCAAUCCCUGCUCAGAACUCCAACCCAGACUGCUGGACGGGAAAUUAAGACCCUUUAAGAACAAGUGCUUCCCUGCACCGCUCACUUUUCUGGGAUCAGACGGAGCAAUAGAGCUGGAGACAUUCAGCCCAGACAAAUGCCUCACCAACAGAAUCCUCAAACAAUCCUUAGAACUGGACAGCAGCAAAGAGUGUUUGAUGGGGAAAGAAGUAAAGCGGAUUGAAAGCUGUUUGAGCUUCGAGAACAAAGCUUUCAAGAAACAGUGGAGCUGCACGGAGGAGGAUCUGCUGCAGGAGGAGGAAGAGGAGGAAAAUAUAUCUCAGCAUCUGCCUGAUCUGCUGCUGGUGCUUGGUGGAAGACCGUGCAGCACACACAGUCCCAUCUCCAUCUGGCAAAUGACUCUGACUGAAUCCUAACACCAGCUGAGAACAAACUUAACAAACUUGUACAUGUUUUUAUGAAAAAUAUCAGUAUUAAAGUUUAACUUCACAUUAUUAAAUAUUCUGAGAGUUUAUACAAAGCCUAACAAAGAAUUUCUGUUACUUUUAACGUAAGUUUGAAUUGUUUUAUCACACUUUGCCUUAUUGUUGUUUUUAAAGAAAUUCCUGGAAAUUUUCAAGUAAAGCUACAAACUACAACAAACAUUAACAUUACCUCUGCUUUUAACAUUAUUCAACAGGUAGCCAGUGUUUAGUGAAAGCAAAAGGGGAAGCAUUUUGAUAUUUCAGCACAUCACCAGUGCUGAUCUAUAAAGGUUUUAAUGAAUCAUUGCUGUUUCAUAUUCACAGUUUUGCCUUUACAUGUCAAAGAUGAGUCAUGUGACAUGAGAAGUUGACAUUUCUGAUGAUCUAAUGCCAUUCACUGCACACUCCAAAUCAGUAUGUAGCAAAAUACAGCUUUAAAUUUGUUUUAGAUGUAGGCUUUAUGGAUGUAUAAUAUGUAUGUAUGUAUGUAUAUAUUGUGUAAAGCAACAAUAUUCUCACUUUUUAGGUCAAUAAAGAUCACCUAAUA